UUUCUGCUCUCGCCUCGUACGCGUCCGGUUCGUAGUUGUAGCGUGCUUCGCCGUGUUCAAACAGAAAAAAAGACUAAACAGUGCAGCGACGAGAGAGCAGUAGUAGUGGUGGUAGUGCCGGGUUGUGUAGUUGGUAGUGUUUUGUGGCCACCUGGCAGAUGCAGGCCUGUCGAGCCCGUACCUAGCCCCGCACGGAUCAAUAGCGGUGAAGUGUGAAAUAUCGGAAUCGGCCGAAUGGAAAACGCACCACCAGCCGACGACGGUUGUGCCAACCUGCGCUCCAAUCGAGGCCAACGGGAGUUUUAAGAGUGUGUGCAGGUGUGUGUGCGGCAUAUAGGAGUGUUCGUUCGAGUCCGUGGUUACGUUGGGGGUGCGUUUUUGCCACUUGGGUUGGGCCGUGAAGAGCCUGCACCAAUAGUGCUCAAGUACGUGUAUACGUGUAUUGUGAUUGUGAGGUGUGCAUGGAAAAAUACAAAGUGUAAUUGAUAAAUGUAGGCUUGGGCUCCACCCUCCUUCGCCUCUUUCCCCUAGUGUAGUGUGGAAAAACGCCCAAAUGAAAAACCACCCAGAAUAGUGCAGGGCAGUAGUAGUGGUGGGCGUACGUGUGUGUGUGCACGUGUAUUUUAUUCUUCUCUUCUGUUUUGUGUAAUUUCCCAACCGUGUUCUGCAUGCGUUAGAUUGUUCCAGUGUGUGAAGGCGGAGUGUUUUUUUUUUUUUUUAAUUUUUUUUGGCUUAAUUUGGUAUAAUUUUCCACCCACCCUCUCGACCGUGGGUGGUGCAAUUUAAAGCGGCUCUGAAGAACUGUGAAAGAAUCGGUGUGUUUGUGUGGCCCAAAUCGGCUGCGAGCGGAAACAUUCUCCCGGACGGAAAACGGAAACUUCAUCAAACCGCCAAGAUGUCAGCGGGUUUGAUGUCGUGUGUGCGGGAAAACUCGCCACCACUGGAAAGCGCUCCCGCACAAGUGCCAGACAUACCGAUCACGAUCACCACACCGGAAACAGCAGUACCCGCCACCAGCAGCAGCACCAACAGCGACACUACCAAGCGGAAACGGUUCCAUCCACUGCGCAACCUACGGCGAAUCUUCCGACGCCGCACCGUAUCGGCAGCGGACCGUGCACCCGGCCAGCUCGGUGCGAAAGCCGCCGGCCCAACCCACAUCCACUUCGCUACGCCCGGGUGUUCCACGACCGAUGCGACGCUACCGCGCACCGGUUACCCGAUCACGAUUCGCAACGAGUCCGGCACGGCACCGGGUACUUCCCAGGGCGGGCCCGGUGGGUACUUCAAGCGCGAAACCUACCGGCUGCGCAACUCCGAUGAUCUAGACAAGGAGAUGUCCGAUUACCAGCGCAGCCUAAGCGAAGGUCGACUUGUGGAUAGUGACAUAAGUCGCGAUGGACUUUCACAGUCGCACGAUAGCGUGUUCUCUGAAUCGGCCGGUACGGCAAGCAGUCUAUCGAUCACGCUAAAGAACGAGCUAGCAGACGUACUGCGUAAGCGAAGGAAAGACCGGCAGGGUGAAGUAUCGGACGAAGAUCUCGGCCUGCCGUUGAGCCCCAUCACGCCCCAGCGCAAGGAUCGCGGCAUGAACAAGAGCGAAGGUUCGCUCAGCAUACUGAGCAUGACGAGCUCGGACCUGGACGACGACCGGUCCGCUUCGAACGCUAGCGGCCACAACCUGUUGCACCUGGAUUCGUCCACCUCUGGCUCGAUCAGUAUGAAUCGUUCAGAACAUAUGGAUGAAAGUGGUGACUCAUCUAAGUUGAGCCAUUCUGCCGCCAAACACAAACUUGCCGUACGACCAAAGAAAAAGGGCCCUACCCGUGCACGAACUCGCCCAAGAGAGUCAACCCUGUUGCCAGCGACGCCCGAAGUGAACGAGGAAUCGUUGAAGUUGUCCUCCACCAACAUCGCUUCCAGCUUUUCACCCACGAAGGAAGCGAACGAGAAGGCCCAUUCGCUACCGUACGGCAUUGUGCCACCGGGCACAUCGACUCCACUCGCACCGAAAUCGUCACCCGCCAAAGAGAUUAGCACCUCGAAGCUAUCGGUCGGCGAUGCACCGGCGGUGACGGGCUCAUCCAUCUACGUCAAUCGCAACAUUUCCAAGAGCCAUGAGUUUGAGCGUUCCGUCGAUCAUCAUCAUCUGACGGUGGAGGGUUCGGCUGUGCCGGUAGCCUCGCGCAAGGAAGACGAUGGCUUCUUCAAGCGCAUCCUGAACUACAGCUUCAAGAAGAAGAAGCACGAAUCGGGCGCGAAAGAAGAGUCAUCGCACUCGGUGACGGCUUCCCCACGCAAGGAAGACAACACGAGCAGCGUGUACAUUAGCUCGGCCGAUCCAGCUACUGUCGAUUGUGUGCCAACGGAGCAGAUCAUGAAGCUAUCGCUGGUUGUCGGUGAGCCGGAGCUGGGUGAGCUGAGCGGGUAUAAGAAGAUAAAGUCGGGUCCGGCCGCACGACAGCGCGUCUUCCCGAAAGAUAUCUUUACGGCUGAGGAGCAACAACUUCAGCAGCAGCAACAGCAGCAGCAGCAUCAACAGCAUACACAGCGCUACUCCUCUAAUGUGGAGGUAAACAGACAGUCGGUUGCUUCGUCCGGCAGUGGCCAUUCACUUACAGUCGGCGAAGCCAAGAUGCCACUGCACAAGAGCGAAGAGUAUCUCGUGUCCAAGACGCGCAAGUUCUCCGAGCGUAGUGUAGACGGUGGCGAAGGAGAUGACGAAGAAAGCGAUGGCCGCAAGUACGUUAGUCACGGCGAGCGGCUCAAAAGCCCGAAGGUGUACGGGUUGAGCUCGUACCAGCAAAAGCUGGCGAAAAUCUCCAUCUCGUCCCAACCGGCGGCGACGCCGGACGCGGCUAAGGAUAGUCCAAGCAAGCGCGCCAAGUCGGUGGAAAAAUCGAAAAGCUUCCGCACGUACACGACGGACGGUGUGUCGAAUCAGCUGCAGGCGGGUGGCCACCAGGUGCCGAGCCUGCCGAACCUGAGCGCCUCGCUGUCGGUGGGAAACUUCUCGAGCAACAACUUCCUCGAGACGGAGCACAAGUUCUUCAGCAUGACGGAGAACAUGAACACGGGCAAGCAGCGGGUGUUUAAGGACUACAUCAGCAAUGCGGAUGAUGACGGUGAAUCACGACACCUUUCGUCUAGUGCGUCGCUGCAAAAGUUUGAGAUCAAUGAUAAUAAUCUGCUGAACCCGCGCGAAGAGUACUACGACCAUCAGCCGAAGAGCAUCGUGCUGACCACAAACACGCUGACGCCGCCGGAACCGACCAGCAUACUGAACAAAUCAAACCAGAACAUCUCGCAGAUUGAAGAGAACAUUGACAAGCUAGUAUCGUCGCAGUUUGUGAGCAUCAUCCGCAGCUCGGACGAGGGCAGCAGCAAUGAGCGGCUGGAUGAUAUCGGCGUCGGUGCCAAUGUGCCCGAGUUCAUGAAGAUCCAGCUGAAGAACCGUGUGGAGGGUACGGGUCGACCGGCCAAGACGAGCAGCAUCGUGUUGACGACCUCGCCAACUCCGGCUCCACCCACCUCACCCGCAAUCGCUAGUCCCACUGCCAGUGCCGGGCAGUACCCCCAGCAGCCAGACGAUGCCAUAAAGCUGCAGCGACGGUUCAGCAACGAGAACAUUGAGAUUACAGAGUCGAAACCACCACUACCACCAUCCGUGGUAGGACGCACCAGCCUGGAGCUGGGUAUACCGAAGAGCCCGCCCGCCUUCCGCAAACAGGGCUCGGGUGGUGGUGCAGCUGUCGGAGAUUUGGCCGGCAGCAAACGCAACUCGAUGAAUCUCUCGCAGGACCUGAGCGACGACCGGAAGGUAAUACUGCAGCGCCGCACGUCCGUGACGGAGGAGAAGAUCAAGUACGAGCGGCGGAUAUCGUCCUCGUCGGAGGACAUUAAGUUCGAGAAGAAAAAGUCCACCUCGGAGGAGCUGCUGGAGAAGCGCAACAGCACCGGAAGCAAUGGGACGGGCAAUUCCAACUACAACAGUGGCUCGAGCAGUGGCGAUGAGUUGGUGGUACUGCGGAAGAAGUUUAUCGGUGGUGAGCGCGAAGGUGGAAAGGAUAAGGAUGGUACGCCUGAGUUGAUGAAGGUGUUUGCACGGAGAUCGCUGAAGUUGCGGUCGGAUGAUGACUACAAGGUGACGGAGAGUGGCAAACCGCUGUCGAGCAUUGACAGUGACAAGGAGAAUCAGUCGAGUGAGGAGAAGUUGGAUAAGAUCGGUCUGCAGCAGACAAAGCAGCAACAGCAGCAACAGCAGCAGCAACAUGUCCAGCAACAGCCAGCCGAGCACAUCUCCACCACACUCGUGCAGUCGGUGGCAAUUGGAGCGCCCGUCACGAAUGGAUCACUGAAGAAUGGAAGCAGCGUAGUAGAGCCUGCCGUACUGAAGAAUGCUUCCAACGAGAAUGGACCUGCAGCACCUGCCUCGGGAGAGCCUAUCCUGCGGAAGAGUAUCACCAGCAAACCGUUUGGCGUGCCGAACCGAUUCGGCAAUGCACCGAACGGUGGACAACCCCGCAAUGCGACUUCCUUUGUGGAGGUGCGCAAGACCCUGCUGCCCAGUGCGACGGUCACUGUUGGGGUACCCGUCAUCACCAACAACAACUUCGUCAAGUCAUCGACCGCACAGGCACAGGGUGAUGCGUGCGAGUCCACCACCGUCAGCAACAACAACACCAUCAACACGAACCGCCAUACGAUCGCGUCACUGAACCAGCUCAACAGCGCCAACGGUGUCGGUGCCAUCAACAACAACGCGGCGAAUACGGCCACCAUCAUCGAGUCGGACGGUGGCAGCGGUGGCAACAAUGGGGAGAUUAACGAGUUCAAGGGCAUCCUGCAGCGUCGGGCCGAGUGGGAAAAGCGAGCAAAGGAAGGCUUCAAGUAGGCCGGAUUCAUUACCAACCCUGUGUUAUCAGCCCCCUCCCCCCACCGAGGAAGAUGUGUGUCGCCCUUCCGGAAAUUACCAGAUCAGAGUUUGCGGUAGGUGAGUGAUUGUUUUCGUAGGACCAAAAUGCUUCUAGCCCAGUUCGUGUACUAGAGGUGGCAAGCUGCAGACACUAGAGUAGAGCACCUUCGCUGUUGUAGGAUAGGAAGACGUAGGCAGAGGACGACAUCGCAAAAGAAGCAGCGGGAAUUUCAUUUCCCCACUCGUCCAGUGAUUUUCAAUUUCGGCUUAGCUUACUUCACUUCCACAUGUGUGUGUGUAGGAGCGCAAUUACCGUAGAUAAAAAAACGAAACACCACCAUCAUUGUUAGGAUCUGAGGAGACAGCUUACGAUUACAUAGGACGCCUUGUUAUGUCACGUUGAAGUUCUGUUGAAGUUCUGUUGAUGUCGUUGAGAUUUGAGAGAGGCUUUCAGAAGGUUCCAGCUCAUUUUUUUGUGAGUAAGAAUUUAUGCGGGAGAUGUGUUUGUGUGUAUAGUCGUGGAUCGGGUAGUCCGUACAAGAGUCGAGCAGAGCAGAACGCAGAGAUUGUGGAUUCCAAAUUGUGAUAGAAAACAAGUGUUGUAUGUUAAUUAAAGAAGAAGUUACACGGAAUUGGAACAUUUAGAGGAGAGGACUUGUUGGAAAGCAUCCUAUCAAGGGAAAUGCUUCUGUACUUCUGUUUUUAAGCAGACGCAGAUAUGUUUCGUUUUUUACAGAGAUUAACAACAAAGAUGGCUCCAUCUAUAUAUAUCGUAGCACUUAAGUAUCGCAUGAUCUGUUCCGAUCUGCUCGCAGAGAAUGAUAUCCCGUUGCAAUUACCUGUUUGAAGAGUUUAAACUAAUUGGAAUACGCUUUUGUUUUUUCUUUGUAUAUACAAAUCGUUGAUCUUCCUGAAGAAUGAAGUCGGUCGGUGGAGUGGAGUCGUUUCUUCAAAAAAUUUGCACUACUUUCGCUUAGAGAGUUAGUAACAAAUAAUCAGUGACAGGCACACUGUUCCCGAUUUCCCUGAGCUUGGUUUGGUCCACUACGUGUCACCUAUAUGUGUAUUUGUUAGCAGGUUUAGUAGUUAAGAAUUCACAUAUAUACACACGCAUACACAUUAAGCACGUUACUGUAGCCUAGAAGGAUGAAAAAAAAACAAAACAGAAACCAUAAAAUAUAUAAUAUACUCUACGCUUUUACGACAAUUAUUAAUGCUGCAGCAAAACAAAUACAAAAAAAACCCCCAAACUACCACUAAUUACCACCACUAGCCGUGGAAUCGCGGAGUGUCCGUGUGUUAGUUAGGACGUUCGAUAAGUUACAAGUGUAGCUGGAGUGUGUGCUGGGGGGAAACAAAACAGCAGCGGCUCAGUGCUCAAUGAAACCGAAAUCAAAAAAAUAUUAUAUUUCUUCAGAUUAAGAAACAACCGAAACGAGUUUAGUAGAACACACAUACACACUAGACACCCAGAGCGUUAGAGAAAAAAUCGUUAGUACUUUCCACCUGAACGAUAUAUUUUUAUAGGUGUACGAGGCGAAGAUAGCAAAAUGGAAGAAACAAAGUACGGAUAUUUUUCUGUCACCGCUAUCGCUCCUUCUUUGUUACUAUUUUUUUACAUUGUUAAGCAAACAACCCGCAGACGCGUACAAUUGCGCGAAGGUUGACUACUCGCAGUGUACUACCAUAAGCGUCGUAAAGUUUACUAUUUGCAUUGCGCGAAACAAAUCAAAACCAUCAAAACCCGUUUUUUCGAUAUCGAUGUAUAUGUUUAGGCACUAUAAAAUAAUAAAAAAACGAGAAAUAAAUGCAACUUCCUGAACGUAAAUUCAGUAACAUUAA